AUGGCAAAGGGCAAAAAAAGCGCUGUGCGCGAAAGAACACCUUUUCAAGCCUCCAAAACGGUUCAAUUAGGCGCAAAAAGCAGAAAAGUGGAUGAGGACAACAAAGAUGCGACUUUCGAUAAGGUUUUCUCGUCAAAGUUCGAUCUGAAACGCACUGCUACUAGUCUCUUGAAGGUUCGGUCAACCUUGCCAGUUUUUAAGUACAAAAAUGAUAUCAUGAAGCAUCUGGAGGCGAACCCGAUAGUGAUCUUGAUCGGAGAGACCGGUUCAGGUAAGUCAACCCAAAUACCACAAUUUUUGCUUGACAAGCUGUCCAACAGUAAACAGGGCUCGAAACGUAUAGCCGUGACUCAACCGCGGAGAGUAGCGGCCAUCAAUUUAGCUACGCGUGUUGCCCAAGAAUAUGGUUGUCGGCUAGGUGAUCGUGUUGGAUAUUCGGUACGUUUUGAUAAUAAGAGCAGCAACAAGACCAAACUAAAAUAUCUCACUGAUGGUAUGCUACUGCGUGAAAUAAUGCUGGACAGACAUCUCUCCGAAUACUCGUACGUGAUCAUCGAUGAGGCACACGAAAGGACAAUUCUGACAGAUUUGAUCUUGGGAUUUUUGAAAGAGCUGGUCAGUGGGCCAAGACCCGAUCUGAAAGUGGUUGUUAUGUCUGCAACCUUACAAGCCGAAAAAUUCAGCGAGUUUUUCAAUGGUGCUCCCAUUCUUUUCGUGGAAGGGCGUAAGUUUCCAGUACAGCGACAGUAUUUGAAAGCACCCUGCGAUGAUAUUGUCGAUGCUAUCAUUUGUUGUUGUGUCCAGAUCAAUAACGGAGAACAGCUAGGUGAUAUUCUGUGCUUCAUGCCAGGUCAAGAAGAAAUUGACAAAGCUGUCGCCGUUCUUAAUAAAAUCAGCGAGCUCCUUGGGUCAUCUGUGCCGCGACUGGUGGGCUACCCACUUUAUGCUGCACUACCACCUGCCGAUCAAGCUAAAGUAUUUGUUCCUUUAAAAGGAUUCAAAAGAAAGGUGGUAUUCUCCACCAAUUUGGCUGAAACAUCUGUUACGAUCUCCGGCGUCAAGUUCGUGGUGGACUCAGGCUUGCGUAAAGUGAAAGUCUGGAGGCACCAACUGGGACUGGCAACGCUACUCACAGUUCCAAUUUCCAAAGCAAGUGCGUCACAGCGAACAGGUCGUGCCGGUAGAGAAAGCGCUGGUAAAUGUUACAGACUUUACAGAGAAGAAGACUACCAAAAGUUACCCAAACAAACGGAGCCUGAAAUCGCGCGUAGUGAAGUCACGUCGCCGCUGCUAAUGCUUAAAAAAAUUGGCGUUGACGAUAUUGUGAACUGGUCGUGGCUGGAAAACCCUGGUAGGGAAGCCAUUGUGCUGGGUUUGCAGGAACUUUACCAACUGAGAGCAUUGGACGAUGCAGGUAAAAUAACUAGUAAGGGACAACAAAUGGCUUUGCUGCCGUUGGCCCCGCACCUUAGUUGCGUGCUUCUACAAGCUCAUGAUCUGAAUUGUCUACUUCCUGUUGUCGACAUCGUUUCGUGCCUGAGCGUCGAAAACCUUUUGAUGAACCCACUGCCAGAGCAAAGGGAUGAAGUUAAUGAAAAGCGUUUCGCCGUUGCCAACCAGGGUUCCAAAUUUGGAGAUUUGGUAAUGAUGAAAGAGUUGUACAACGCCUAUGUUUCGUUAAGAGACGCCGAUGAGCGGGACGCCUGGUGUCAAGAUUUGUGCAUCUCUAAGAGAGGAUUCAAGAAUGUUAUUAAGGUUCGUGCUCAGCUUAUUUCCUACAUGGAUAAACUUUUGAAGAUGAGAGUGGGGGACCUACACGAUGCAGAGGAGACCGAUAACUUUGACAUUAAGUUGGUUACACAAUGUUUCUUAGCCGGAUUUGCAAAAAAUACAGCGAUAGGAAUGCCAGAUAGAUCUUUCAGAACAAGCACUACAGGAGAGACCAUCUCCGUACACCCUUCAUCGAUGUUGUUCAUGGAUAGGACGUGCCCCGCAAUUCUAUACACUGAGUACAUUUUCACCACAAAAGGGUACGCAAGGAAUGUCAGUCGGUUAGAGCUGUCCUGGCUGCAGGAGGUGGUAGGCAUGUCGGGUAUGAAGAUUAGCGCCAAAUAG